AUGCCGAUUCUUUUGCAUGCAGACUUCAUCCAAGAUUACUCCAAUGACGAUAAAGAAACCACAGCACCUCCGUCUACUACCAUAAGUUAUCUAGUGAAUGCCACAGGAGAGCUGAUGGAGAAAGAUAUUAAACAGAGGUUAGCAUUGAAGGAGAGGGUUGAAAUUUUACGCGAAUUAAAGAGCGCAGUUAUUGAUGACUUUGAAAAGGAAAGAUCGAAUUUCAAAACUGAAGAGUUAAGGACACAUGUAUGUGUUGACGAAGAGUUUCCACUUAAAAAUUGUUUAAUGGACUUCAAAAGCAUCACAUCUGAGAAACAAUUCGACCACCUCAUUUCCUGCUAUCAUCACCUAGACGCUUAUGAGGCAUGUGUCAGAAGAAAUAGUGGUUAG